AUGAACCCCUGGCAGCCCCUGACCUCAGUGUUCCUGGUUCUAGGCUGCUGCUCUGCCGCCCCUCACGGGCACCAGUCUACUUUUGUGGUCUUCCCCCGGGAUCUGAGAACCACCAAUCUCACCGACUCGCAGCUGGCACAGGAAUACCUGUUCCGAUAUGGUUACACCCGGGUUGCUGAGAUGCAAGGAGAGAAGCUAUCCCUGCGGCCAGCACUACUGCUCCUUCAGAAGCAGCUGUCCCUGCCCCAGACUGGAGAGCUAGACAGCAAAACCCUAGAGGCUAUUCGUACCCCACGCUGUGGUGUCCCAGACCUGGGCAAAUUCCAAACCUUCGAGGGUGACCUCAAGUGGCACCACACCAACAUCACUUACUGGAUCCAAAACUACUCGGAAGACUUGCCGCGAGACGUGAUCGAUGACGCCUUCGCUCGCGCCUUCGCGGUGUGGAGCGCAGUGACACCGCUCACCUUCACCCGCGUGUACAGUCGUGACGCAGACAUCGUCAUCCAGUUUGGUGUCGCGGAGCACGGAGACGGGUAUCCCUUCGACGGGAAGGAUGGGCUCCUGGCACACGCGUUUCCUCCUGGCCCCGGGAUUCAGGGUGAUGCCCACUUCGACGAUGAAGAACUGUGGUCGCUGGGCAAAGGCGUUGUGGUUCCCACACACUUUGGAAACGCUAAUGGUGCCCCGUGUCACUUCCCCUUCACCUUCGAGGGCCGCUCCUACUUGGCCUGCACCACAGAUGGCCGCACGGAUGGGACACCUUGGUGCAGCACCACCGCGGACUAUGACACAGACCGCCAGUUUGGCUUCUGCCCCAGCGAGAGACUCUACACUGAACAUGGCAAUGGGGACGGGAAACCCUGUGUGUUUCCAUUCACCUUCGACGGCCGUUCCUACUCUGCCUGCACCACUGAAGGUCGUUCGGAUGGCUACCGCUGGUGUGCUACCACCCCCAACUACGACCAGGAUAAACUCUAUGGCUUCUGCCCUACCCGAGCUGACGCCACUGUGAUUGGUGGCAACUCCGCAGGCAAGCUGUGCAAAUUCCCCUUCAUCUUCCUGGGCAAGGAGUACUCCACCUGUACCAGCGAGGGCCGAACUGAUGGGCGCCUUUGGUGCGCCACCACCUCCAACUUCGACAGCGACAAGAAGUGGGGUUUCUGCCCUGAUCAAGGAUACAGCCUUUUCCUGGUGGCAGCACAUGAGUUUGGCCACGCACUGGGCUUGGAUCAUUCGACAGUGCCAGAGGCGCUCAUGUAUCCCAUGUACCGCUUCCUUGAGGGCUCCCCUCUGCAUGAGGAUGAUGUGAGAGGCAUCCAGCAUCUCUAUGGUCCUGGCCCUAAGCCUGACCCAAGGCCUCCAGCCACAACCACAGCUCAACCACAGCCCACAGUUCCUCCUACUGUCUGCCCCACUGCACCUCCGACUGCCUACCCCUCUGAGCAGCCCACGGUUGGCCCUACAGGUGCCCCCUCAGCUGGCCCUACAGGUCCCCCCACUGCUGGCCCUUCUGAGGCUCCUACAGUGUCUUUGGGUCCAGCAGACAAUCCCUGCAACGUGAAUAUUUUCGACGCCAUCACGGAAAUUCAGGGUUCUUUGCAUUUCUUCAAGAAUGGCCGGUACUGGAAGUUCUCAGAGCUCAGAGGACGCCAGCUGCAGGGCCCGUUUCUCAUUGCCCGCUCGUGGCCGGCUUUGCCAGCUAAGCUGGACUCCGCGUUUGAGGACCCACAGUCCAAGAAGAUUUUCUUCUUCUCUGGGCGCCAAGUGUGGGUGUACACAGGCCAGUCGGUUCUGGGCCCGAGGCGCCUGGACAAGCUGGGUCUCGGCUCGGGGGUGACCCAAGUCACCGGGGUCGUCCGGCAUCGCGGGGGAAAGGCGCUGCUGUUCAGCGGGGAGCGUGUCUGGAGGUUCAACUUGAAGACGCAGACCGUGGAUCCCCAGAGCGUCACUAGCCUGGACAGGGUGUUCUCCGGGGUGCCCCGGAACGCGCACGACGUCUUUCAGUACCGAGAGAAAGUCUACUUCUGCCAGGACCGCUUUUUCUGGCGCGUGACUUCCUGGAACGAGGUGAACCAGGUGGACCAAGUGGGCUAUGUGACCUAUGACAUCCUGCAGUGCCGUGAGGACUAGGGUCCCAUUUUGCUUCAGCAGUGCAGUGCGAGUGUCUGGGGACUCCUCCAGUGGGAAAGGAGCCAGUUUGCUGGAUACAAACUGGUGGUCUCUUCUAGAGGAUGGGGAGGAGGGCUGGGCCCUCUCUUCACACCUUUUUUUGUUGGACUAUUUCUAAUAAACAAUGA